AGAAGAGGAAAAGAUGGCGUCCUCUAACAAUCCCCGUAAAUUUAGCGAAAAAAUCGCUCUGCACAACCAGAAACAGGCGGAGGAGACUGCGGCGUUCGAAGAAGUCAUGAAAGAUUUGAACAUUACCAGAGCAGCGCGGUUGCAGUUACAGAAGACCCAGUAUUUGCAACUAGGGCAGAAUCGUGGACAGUACUAUGGAGGCUCACUGCCCAAUGUCAAUCAGAUUGGAAAUGGCAACAUUGACCUGCCUUUUCAGAAUUCAGUGCUGGACACCAGUCGCACAACCAGGCACCAUGGUUUGGUGGACCGCGUCUACCGCGACAGGAACCGCAUCACAUCCCCCCACCGCCGACCUCUGUCAGUUGACAAACAUGGACGCCAGAUUGACAGCUGCCCCUACAGCUCAGUUUACCUCUCCCCGCCACCGGACACAAGCUGGAGAAGGACAAAUUCAGAUUCUGCCUUACACCAGAGCGCCAUGAAUCCUAAACCCCAAGAGGUGUUUGCUGGUGGAUCACAGGAGUUUCAGCCUAAACGAGUGCCCGGGAUGGAGAGCCCGGAGUCGAACGCUGACAAGGAAGCACAGAAACAGCUAUGGGAUGAUGAGAAGGAGGAUUCACCAAACCCCAACCCAUGUGAUGUACCAGGAAUUAAUAUAUUCCCAUCACCAGACCAGGAACUGAACCCAUCAGUGCUGCCCGCUGCACACAAUACGGGCGGCUCGUUGCCGGAUCUUACCAACAUUCAGUUCCCUCCCCCACUGUCCACUCCACUGGACCCUGAAGACACAGUGUCCUUCCCGUCCCUCGGGUCGUCCAACAGCACAGGCAGCCUGACCACCAACCUCACCCAUCUGGGCAUUAGCGCGGCCAGCCAUGGGAUCCCUACUUCCUCCCAGCCAAACAUGACUCUCUCAGAACAGCGCCGUCAGCCUCCUGUGGUGCCACUUACUCUCACCACGGACCUCCACCUUCAGAAUUCUACACAGCAGCUGUCACCCACUCUCUCCUCACCUGUUAACAUUACACAGGUGUUGCCAACAGAACAACUGACCUUAGAGCAGCAGCUCGCCCAGUUCCCACUUUUCAACCAGCUCACAGCUCAGGUCCAGGCACAGUUGCUCAUCGACCUGCAGAAGCAGACGCAGCAGGGCAUUCAGCUUAUCACCCUGCCGACGCCUCCCUCCACCGGUACAGUUACUGCCACUGCCAGCAGCCCCUCCCCAGACAGCCAGACCUCAGCCAGCAUCAGCUCGUACCGCAAUCAGACUGGCUCACCAGCCACUCAGUCUCCAACCUCCCCAGUCUCCAAUCAAGGCUUCUCCCCCGGCAGCUCGCCUCAACACAUUUCCGUGGUGGGGAGCAUAUUUGGUGACUCCUUCUACGAUCAGCAAAUGGCAUCAAGGCAGACCAAUGCUCUCUCCCACCAGUUGGAGCAGUUCAACAUGAUUGAAAACCCCAUAAGCUCCACCAACCUGUAUACGCAGUGCUCCACCCUCAACUAUACACAAGCCGCCAUGAUGGGUCUUAGCGGGAGCAGCCUACAAGACUCUCAGCAGCUGGGCUACAGUAGCCAUGGCAAUAUUCCUAACAUUAUCCUAACAGUCACAGGUGAGUCCCCGCCGAGCCUCUCCAAAGAGCUCACCAAUUCGCUGGCGGGCGUCGGCGACGUCAGCUUCGACGCGGACUCUCAGUUCCCCCUGGAUGAGCUAAAGAUCGACCCCCUCACGCUGGACGGGCUGCACAUGCUCAACGACCCCGACAUGGUGCUGGCCGACCCCGCCACCGAAGACACGUUCAGGAUGGAUAGGCUGUGACGCGACAUGUCAACCGACUGUAGAAGAGAAACACUCCCAAAUUGUGAAAGGAGAGAGAGCGAGAGACCAAGGGCAGGGUCGAACCCUCUCCCUCGUUGCAUGGCCAUCCAGCAGUCUGACCUCGUCCUCGACUCCGUGAAAACCCUUUGACACAAAAGACAGCAGGGAAAAGGACGUCCUGUGGCUUCCGGGGAAUGGCCUUGCUGUCCUUUAAGAGAUUGGCCGCUCGGCGCUUUUGCUCGCACGGCUGUGUUUACAGUGUACCAUU